AUAAAAACACUGACCGAGUGGAGCGGAGCAGCGAUGGCACGCACAGACGAUCACAAGCAUCUGGAUUCUUGGCUCAGCUUGGCCACUGACCCAAACAACCCGGCCGACAGAUGGGGCUGCGUGCAGGGCUUCUAUCAGGCGGUCAACUGGAUGACAGACGGUCCACAGGUGGCGCUACGUCUCCUUGCGGAAAAGAUCAAGUCCGCCAACCAACGCGAGGCUCUUCAGGCGCUGAACGUCCUCCAAGCCUGCAUGGACAACUGCGGCACCAGGUUCCAGUCCGAGGCCACCAGUUUCCCAUUUUUCAACCAACUUGUCAAGAUCAUCGAGACCCAGGACGUCCCUGCGGUUCCCCAAAAGGUUAAAGACAAAGUGAUCGAGCUUCUUUACCGCUGGAGGCUGUCGCUCAAAGAGGAUUUGGGGGUUGAGCUCACCUACAUCAGGCUGAAGGCACAAGGUCAGUCAGACGCCUCCAGCGCCUCAACUCUCUUGAGCUCACGCUCCUUUGUGUCAGGGAUCAUAGAGAAAGACCCGGUUCUGCCGGACGCUGCUCCCACCACUCCCUCAGCGAGGAGCUGUAUUUUUGACCGCGAGGGUAAAACCCAGCUCUUGGACAGGCUGAUAAAGAGCGGGCGUCCCGAGGACUGGGAGGCGGCCAACAAACUCAUCAGGAGCACGGUGCAGGAGGAUCGGGAGAAAAAAGAAAUGCGACGGCUGACGCUGAUGCAGGUGAAGAGCAGCACGGGGCGGCUGCGAGAGAAGUGCGCAGAGAACCCGGAGCCCAGCGCCGACAUGAAGGACUUGUACGAGGCCUGCAAGCGGCUGCUUCCUGAUCUCCGAAGCUUGGCGGGCGAGGCGGCGGGCGACGAGGAAGGGCUGGCGGAGAUCCAGGCCGCCAGCGAGGAGCUGACGCUGGUGUUGUGCUGCUGCGAGGAGCGAAUGGCUCGGAGAGGAGAGACCAGGAGGGAAGGUGUGACUGAGAAAGGGCCGACAAGUUCCCGGGAGAUCAAGACCUACCGUCUCAUCGACCUCUCAGCGCUGGAGGUGGAUGCUGAAUCUCCACUUUCGCCUGAUGGCGGCGCUCUGCUCUCCGGGACGAACCAAGGAGACUCAGGCGAAGACUCGAGUCAAACCCUCACUCCGGAGAAGCCGAGGUCCUACUCAGACGACCUGAUACAGCUCAACGACGCCGUGGAGCUGUGGAGCAUACGAGAGUGUGAGGAGAGAGGGCCGCUGCUGAGGAGCCGAGGCUGUGGAGGACUAGCAACAAGCCCCAAGUUCCCAAACCCCUCCUGGUCUGAGCCGACAACAGCGUCGCCGGAUCACACGCGUGUCCCUCGACCGCCUGCGGCGUCGCUCGCCGACGUCUUCGUCACGAUAGGAACCAUCAGAUCCAGCCAGCUGGAGCCCAUCAGGCUCUUUGACCAGGACGGGGUCCACACCUCGCUCCACUUCGCCCGUUCCACCGACCACCCCAACGUGGCCGUGGCUGUCAUCUGCACCGUCAACAGCUCUGCUCUGCACGUGGAGGACUUCAGCUUCAUGGCUGCUGUCCCAAAGAAGAUGGCAGUGAAGCUUCAGCCUGCAUCAGCCACCAACCUCCCUGCUUACAACCCUCUGCUGCCCCCGGCUGCCGUCUCUCAGAUCCUGCUGCUGGAGAAUCCACACGGGUGUAAAGUGCGUCUCCGCUACAAGGUGUUGAUGACACACGGGCGCCGCAAGCUGAACCGGACCGGAGACGUCCACAACUUCCCGGACUGGAGCAUCUGGAUCGGACUAUGAGGCCGUCGCCAUGUUUCACAAGCUGUUUUGUUGACUGUUAUUUAUAAGUGAUGUGUUGUUGUCGGUGUAAUUCUGCUGUGGUUCCAUGACACUGUGGAAAAUAAAACCCUUCA